AUGGGUAUAGUAGCAGAGAGACUUCCCAGAGAGCCCUGUGUCAGUCCUGACCUGGGUCCCCUAACUUUCUUCAGUGCUCUGGAGAUCCGACCCCCCUUGGACUGCCAGAUCCAGCCUCUCCUGCUCCUGCCUGCUGCCCAUGAGAUUACGAAAGAUCCAGGAAAUGGAACUGAUGCCAGUAUUUGCCAACAUCGGCACAAGAUGAACAUUGACAUACUGUGCCCUAUUGCAGCAAAGGUCCAACUGUGUCCUAGCGUAGUGAACUUGGAAGUGAACUUGGUGGGGUACCUAGAUAUUUACAUGUUGUCUCCCCCAGUGGACUGGGCGCUCCUUGAGGGCAGGGACCCCACAGUGCCUGGCACAUGGAUGUCCUAUCAGGAAGGAAUCUUAGAGGUACUCCAGAAGUUGGGCCAGUUCCUGCUGUCCUUCCUUUUGGCCCUGCUGGUCAUUGUGGUUGGCACUUAUCUACUUCAGAAAUGGGCGGCCAAAGCCCAGGCCCGAGCCAAGAUUGAAGACGCCCAGAAGAGGAGAGAGGUGGCCCUGAAGAAGAUGGAGGCUGCAAUAGAACGGCUAAAGCAACAGGCACCUAAAGUGGACCCAGAGUAUGUCCUCUCCCUGUCCCUCAGACAGUUGGCCCAUCAGUUACGCCAGGGCUCCCUGAGCCCAGAGAGUGUCCUCUGCAUUUACAUGGAAAAGGCCCUGAAGGUACACUAUGAGCUGAAUUGCCUGACAGACUAUUUGGAGGAUUGUGAGGCUCAAUUGCAGGAGUUGAAAAAACAGCCCAAGGAGAAGCGGGGCCUCCUCUAUGGGGUCCCUGUGAGCCUCAAAGACCCCUAUGAUUACAAGGGCCAUGAUUCCACCUGUGGCAUGGCCUAUUUCCUGGGGAAGCCUGCUGAGGAAGAUGCCACCAUAGUGAAGGUCCUGAAGAGCCAAGGAGCAGUGCCGUUUGUCAAGACCAACAUCCCCCAGACCCUGCUCAGCAUUGAAUGCAGCAACCCUAUCUUUGGUGAGACCCUGCACCCCCAGAACCCAAAGAAAACACCAGGAGGAUCUACAGGAGGAGAAGGUGCACUGCUGGCUUCUGGUGGUUCCAUCAUCGGCUUUGGCACGGACACUGGGGGAAGCAUCCGUAUCCCCUCUUCCUUCUGUGGCAUUUAUGGCAUUAAGCCCACUGGCUUUCGCCUCAGUUACAAUGGCAUCAACUCAGCUAUAAAGGGGAAGAAAUCAGUCAUCACCAUGGCUGGCCCCCUGGCUCAAGAUGUAGACAGCCUGGUUCUGGUCUUCCGGCUGCUGGUAUCUGAAUACAUGUUCCAGCUGGACCCCACAGUGCCACCCAUGCCCUUCAGGGAGGAGGUAUACUCCAGCACCCAGCCCCUCCGAAUCGGUUACGUGGAGACAGAUGGUUUUACACAGCCAUCCCCCAGCAUGGUUCGGGCUGUCCGAGAGGUCUCAAAGAAGCUCCAGGCUGCUGGACACCAGAUCAUUCCCUUCUCUAUCAUUCGGCCUGAGUAUAUGAUGAUAAAGUUAUACAUGGGAGGGCUUUAUGCCGAUGGGGGUGAAACUCUUCUGGAAAAACUCCGCGGGGACAUCAUAGAUCCUACCAUGUCAUCUAUGAUCUCUAUUCUCCGACUCCCGGAUUUCAUAAAGUGGCUUGUCUCCUGGGUCCUGAGGCCUGUGGAUACAUGGACAGCAAAGAAUUUUGCUGCUUUACGAGGGGUGGGGACACCCAAGAAUCUCUGGGAGCAACAUGUGGCUGUGGAGGAGUAUCAGAAGGAGAUUAUGUCUAAUUGGAGAGCUCAGAAUCUGGAUGUCCUGCUAUACCCAGCUCUUGGCCCUGCCUUUGACAGAGGGACAACCAGCAAAGCAUUGGAUGCUGCCUCCUAUAUGGCUCUGUUCAAUUCCUUGAACUUCCCAGUCGGUGUUGUGCCCGUGGGCACAGUGACAGCACAGGAUGAAGAGGAGCUGGCUUCCUACCAUGGCUACUAUGGAGACUCUAGAGACAAAAACUUCAAAAAGGCGAUUGCUGGAUCACUUGGCCUUCCCAUAGCCGUGCAGUGUGUGGCUCUGCCCUGGCGAGAAGAGCUAUGUCUGCGCUUUAUGAAGGAGGUGGAGACCUUGGUCCAUGGGAAGACAGAAAUCGAGUGA